AUGUCGCUCCCCAACGGCCAGCCUGCCUGGCAUCCUCCCUCCUUGCAUCAUACAAACUCCAGCCGAAGUCUACACCAUCUCGACGAUGCUUCAGCGCGUACCCAGACCCCCGUCGAUAACUCCGUCUCCUUGAUGCCUGAGGCACAACUUGAUAUCGAGGAAGAGAACCGACGCGCCCUCUUCGCGGAUCUUUAUCGCAAGACCGAGGACAAGGUCGCGCUGCUCUUUGCUGAUGAUGGUUCAUACAACUAUCCCGCGAUCAGCGCGCUGCGCCGCUCCCCGGCCGAGUCCGCCGCGGUCAUCCCACCCACGACCGAUCACGAGCCUAUCAGAGAACCGCCACUCAAGAAGGCGAAGCGAACCAUCGACGAAGACGACUACGACGAUGACGAUGACGAAGACGAAGACGAAGAACCCGCGCCACCCGCCGUCAAGUCUCAAGCCGCCGCUGUUGCUGCUGCGAGCUCCUUGCUCUCCCCCUCUAAAUCAGGCAGUUCCCCUGUCCACUCCGUGCCAUCACCCGGGAAGCAAGGCGACAAGUCCAAGGAUCAGGAUGGCUCGCAAGGCAAAGACAAGUCCGGCGAAGACGCCAUCAAGAAGUUGGAGGAGGCCCGGACUGCAACCGAAGAGGCUGCACGAAGGAGUUUCCACACCAUCUUCCAUACCUUGGAAAACGACCGUGCCGCCAUGCUAGAACAACAGCAACUCGAAGACUCCGAGAAGCAACUCCAAGCAGAGAUGGACCACAACCAUACUUCAAACACCAGUAAUAUCCAGGCUACAAACCAUGGCUCUCUCAGCAGCGCAAACCUGGGCGCAUCCAGCCUGACCCUCAAGCAUCUUAUCGCUAGAAUCGACAUGAAGCGUGACCAAGUCCGCGCCUCGGAUGCGGAACUUCGACUCUUGAUGAACGAGGUCCGGAAGAAUCGAAGCAAAUGGGCUAGCGAGGAGAAUGUCAACCAGGAGGAGCUGUAUGAGGCCGUGGAGAAGGUCUUGACAGAGCUAAAGGCGCAUACCGAAUACUCCACCCCCUUCCUGACUAGGGUGAACAAGAGAGAUGCGCCCGAUUACUAUAAUUUUAUUAAAAACCCCAUGGAUCUGGGUUCGAUGACCAAGAAACUAAAAUCCCUAACGUACAAGUCGAAGGCUGAUUUCGUCGUGGAUCUUAACCUGAUCUGGGACAACUGCCUCAAGUACAACCAGGAUAUGAACCACCCUCUUCGACGCAUGGCAAACGGCAUGAGGAAGGAAGCCGAGAAGCUCAUUCCUCUCAUACCCGAUCUCACCAUCCGGCCCCGGGCUGAAGUCGAAGCCGAGGAGCGAAGAAAACAAAACGGCGGCGAAGACGACGCUGGGGAGGAUUCGGAUGACGAGCCCAUCAUGUCUUCACGGGGUCGUAAGGCCGGAAGCAAAGGGGCAAACAAGUCACGAAAAGCACAUAAUGACCAAAAGGAAGACACCCCAUCGAUCGACCAGAAGCCGAUCCUGCAGGUGAAUGGAUUUCUCAAAAUGGGUCGUGAGGGUUCUGAAGCUGUGGAUGGCAGUAACGGCUUCGCCACCCCUCCAAUAGCCGGAUCCAUCACUCCUGGCGGCAUCAACGGACACUCAGGAAUCGGAAGCAAUGCCGAUGCUAUGGACAUCGAUGGCCCCACUCUCAAUGGCAUGGCGCUGAAUCAGGCAUUUGGCGAGGCCGUUGAGCAAGUCUACGAGGACGAGGAGUACAAGAUCUGGAAACAGACAACCAAGAAAGACCGCGCUCUAGCCUCCAAGGAGCGCUAUCUCCUCUUCAGGGAAGACAAGUUCAAUAUUGAGGCUCCAGCAUUGGUUCGCACCAAGGCUAGUAUGCGUCGAUUCUUGAAGCACCAGAGGGAAGCGGAGGCGCAGGGCAUUUCGCAUGCCCAGGCCAGUUCUGAUCCCAUGAUUGGAAAGGAGACUGCGACCAUACCAUCCGAGAUCCUGGCCCACGAGAUUGAGGAGGAAGCGGACAAGGUGAUUCCUGAUUACUAUGAUGCCCUAAGCAACAUUCCGGACAUCCAACCCAAGCUCCAAUGGGUGGAAGAUGGAGAAGGACAGGUCAUUAACCAGCAUGAAGACUUUCUCCACCUUGUGCCACCUGGAAGCUUCACUGCCCCGAAAGGUCGUCUGACGAAGAAAAUGGACGAAAACAUCCACCAGAUUCAGGAGACGAGGAAGCUUGCAACAAAGAUUUCUGUGAUCAAGCAGAUGCAAGUCCAAACUCAGGUCUACACCAACCAGUUUCCAAAAUCGAAUAUGCAGGCCUUCACGGAGCAGGAUAUUGAGCCGCAUUUCGUCGGCGACGACGGCCCGGUAAUGUGUGCCGAAACUUGCCAAAUUGCCCUGAAGCGGUCCAUUGCCAAGAUUCUCUACACCACUGGAUUUGAGGAACUCCAACCUUCGGCCAUGGAUACCUUCACGGGAGUCGUGGCGGAUUACUUUCAGAAGUUGAUCCGAACAUUCAACGUCUACAACGAGUCUGAGAAGAAGGCGGCCCUAUCAACUGUCGACGGUCCUAAGUUUCAACCUCGAUUCACCCCUGAGGAGGUCAUCUUGCACACCUUGGACGAGAGCGGUACCGACAUUGCUCAACUGGAGAUUUAUGCCAAGGAUGAUGUUGACAGACUGAGCUCCAAGCUUGGUGGUCUGCAUGAGAGAAUGAAGCUCCAUCUGACGGAUCUCCUUCGCCCCGCUCUGACGGGAGACUCUGGAACCGAUGGAGUUGGCGCAUUCAAUGAUGGCAGUGAACAGUUCGUCAGUGGUGACUUCGCGGAAGAUCUUGGUGAAGACUUCUUCGGCUUCCGUGCUUUGGGUCUGGAUAAGGAGAUGGGUCUGGAAAUGAUAUCUGUGCCCUUGCAUCUCCUCCAGAGCAGGGUCCGCAACCAGUAUCAGAUGCAGACCCAAACGGCGGGAACUUCGACAGAAGAGCUGCUAGCGUCACUCACGCCGUCCGACCCGGUUACUAGAGAGAACAUUCAAGAACAGAUUGGCUUGGUCAAGAACUUCUUCCUGGCCAAGCUCCACGCUAAUGGCGACCAACCUCUCGUUGAAGACGAAGAUCUCCCUACCAAGCAGAAGAAGCCCCGCCCCCGCCUGGGUGCAAGCGGAAAGAUUGUUACCGCCCAGAAGCGUCCUCCAAAGGAGCAGCUGGCUCUUGCCAAGAAGAAGAAGAAACUCGAGGCCGCAGCGGCCGAAGCCAAGCUAAAUCCUUCUCCUGAGAAGGGCGGAUCCAUCAACAAUACCCCUGCCAAAAAGAAGUCCAUGAGCGCUGCCACCGGGGCACCCCCCAACCCUGCUGUCAUUGCGUUGGCACCCAGCAUGGAACGGGCGGACAGCAUGCAAAGCGGUACCGACAAGGACGAUACUAUCGGCAUGAUGAGCCCGGAGAGCAUUGCUCAGUAG